AUGGACUUUAUAGAGGGAAACUACACGCUGGUGACUGAAUUUAUUUUACUAGGCUUUCCAACUCGCCCUGAGCUGCAGGUGGUCCUGUUCCUACUGUUUCUGACAUUGUACGGUGUAAUAUUAAUCGGGAACAUUGGGCUGAUGCUGUUGAUCAGGAUUGACCCUCAUCUUCAAACCCCCAUGUACUUUUUCCUUAGCAACCUGUCCUUCGCAGACCUCUGUUAUUCCUCAGUCAUUGUUCCUAAAAUGCUGGUCAAUUUCCUUUCAGAGAACAAGUCAAUUUCUUAUUACGGCUGUGCCCUACAGUUUUAUUUUUUCUGUGCCUUUGCAGAUACAGAAUCCUUUAUCUUGGCUGCCAUGGCAUAUGACCGCUAUGUAGCCAUAUGUAACCCUUUGCUGUAUACGGUUGUGAUGUCUCGGGGCAUCUGCAUACGACUGAUCGCCUUGUCAUAUAUCGGUGGCAACAUGAGCUCCCUGGUUCACACCUCCUUUGCCUUUAUUCUGAAAUACUGUGACAAAAAUGUGAUUAAUCACUUUUUCUGCGACCUCCCUCCCCUGCUUAAACUAUCCUGCACAGACACGUCCAUCAAUGAGUGGCUCCUCUCCACCUACGGCAGCUCCGUGGAAAUCAUCUGCUUUGUCAUCAUCGUCAUCUCCUACUCUUUCAUUCUUCAGUCGGUCUUGAAGAUUCGCUCUACCAGUGGGAGGAAGAAAACUUUCUCUACGUGCGCCUCUCACUUGACUUCUGUGGUCAUCUAUCAGGGCACACUUCUCUUCAUUUACUCCCGGCCCAGCUCUCUGUAUUCUCCCAGCACUGACAAAGUUAUCUCCGUUUUCUACACCAUUUUCAUUCCAGUGCUGAAUCCCUUGAUUUAUAGUCUGAGAAACAGAGAUGUGAAAGAGGCAGCUAAGAAAGCUCUGAGAGCACAGAUCAGUUCCUCAUGA